GAUCACUUCUUAUCAGAGCUGGGCUCUACAACAUAAGCCCAAACUCGAUCCGCUACGCUCUACUUCCUUUUGGGGACGAGGUCAACAUAAAAGUAACUGCAAGGGAGUAACUGCAUUAGCAUCGCUUUAUUGGUCUGGACUAUCACCACUGAUCAGACUGCUGUAUCACAAUGGCGGUUCUCGCUUACUGGGACAUAAGAGGGUUGGCUGGCCCUAUCCGCCUUCUCCUCGCCUAUUGCAAGGAGGAGUUUGAAGACAAGCGUUAUGUCUGCGGAGAUGGUCCUGAAUAUAAUAGGGAUUGCUGGACCAGCGUAAAAGAUACUCUUGGCCUACCAUUCCCAAAUCUGCCAUACUACAUCGAUGGUGACAUUAAAAUCGUUCAGAGUAACGCUAUUUGCCGCUACAUUGCGCGCAAGCAUGAUCUCUGUGGCAAGACCGCGAAGGAGCGUGUUGCCGUCGAUAUUCUGGAGAAUCAACUGAUGGACUUCAGGAACGGUUUCAUCCGUCUUUGCUAUGGACCGAACUUCGAAGACAAUAAGAAGAAUUACCUGACGACCCUGCCUAAAUCUCUAGAUGCCUUCUCAGACUAUCUGAAGGAGAAAAAGUUUUUUGCAGGAGACCAGGUCACCUUCGUAGACUUCAUUGCAUAUGAAUUGUUGGACCAGCACCUUGCCAUGUGCUCCACAGUGCUUGACAAGUAUAAGAAUCUGAAGGAAUUCCAAGCAAGGGUUCGCGCACUCCCAGAAAUCGACACUUACUACAAAUCGCCAAAGUUUGGAAAUGGUUGUCCGAUCAACAAUAAAAGUGCUUCCUUCAAGUAGAUGAUAACAAGUAGUUAUGCCUCAGUUUUCACAGUUGCUAGCGACAAUAUUGCUUUCUUUCAUUCUAUAUCUAUCAUGUACAAUAUAAUCUUUGUAAUAGCGACUGUUUUACGCAUGAAGUAGCUUGGUAUUGAAUUUUUGAUCAGUAUACAUGUACAUUUUGUACUUCAUGGGGAAGAUAAUGUUAUGUACCACUCCACGGAUAUCUUCUGGGUAUGAUAAUGUAUUUAUUAGACCAUACUCCGGUUUACAAACUGGGUCUUAGCGCCAUGCUAACAGACUCCAUUACGAAAUUGUGCAGAACAUUAUCUGCGACUAUCAUGGCGGUAUACAGGGUGUGUCAUAUAAAUGCCACAAACACCACAAGGCACAUGUAUUCAAACUCAUUUAGUCUGGUUUUUGAAGAACAUCUUGUCAUUGGAUAGUUUGAAAAACUACAAUUUGUUUGUUUUUGUACUUGCAUAAUAAUGAUUUAAAGUCAAUAAAGUUCGUAUUCCAUCCUACCUC